UUCGACUUGAGCGGACGUUGUGAGCGCGUGUGCCGUGGCGCAGAUAACAAACAAGAUCGCAGUGCUAUCAGCUGAAACAACAAACGAAUCAAAUACACUAUAUAUUAUCACGAAAAGUCCCCCUGCAAUUGAAAAGAAAUUCCUGAAAACCAGUUGACAAGUGCCACCACAUUAAAAGAAAAAUCCAAUUAUAAUGCAGCGCCUUAAAAAGUGCUCCGAACUGUGCUGAACAAAACAAAAAAUAAUAAUUAAAACACCACAAAAGUAUAUCAAAUAUUCAUAUAUAAUAUAUACCCAUAUCUAUGUGUGAUCGAAUCGAAAAUGGCAGCCGAACAAAUCGCUAAGAUGGCAGCUAAAACAUCAGAGGAAGCCACAAAUAAAUGGAUUAAGCCCAACCAGCAGAUUGUCAGCCUGUUACCACUGCUGCUGCUGCUGCUCUUGGCCACAUUCAGCCAGCUGCCAAGUGCCAGAGCCAUUGCCGGCCCCAGCUCCAUCAGCAGCCUGGAUGCCGCCUCCAGUCUGGACAAGGAUCCGCUGCGCGAGACCAGCAUGAACAUGAUCCAGCGCAACUAUAUGGUAAUGCACUCGGCCAGCGGCUCUGGGGAUCACAGUCGCUCCCUGAAGCGCGCCAACCUGGCCAACACGAGCAUCACCUGCAACGACGGCACCCAUGCCGGCUACUACCUGCGCAAGCAGACCAGCUCCAAGAAGUGGAUCGUCUUCCUCGAGGGCGGCUGGCACUGCUUCGAUGUGCGUUCAUGCCGCGCCAGGUGGAUGAGGCUGCGCCACCUCAUGACCUCCUCCCAGUGGCCAGAGACGAGAGAUGUUGGAGGCAUUCUGUCGCCGCAUCCGGAGGAGAAUCCCUACUGGCACAAUGCCAACCAUGUGCUCAUCCCCUACUGCAGCAGCGACUCGUGGUCGGGCACACGAACGGAGCCGGAUACCCGAGAUCCGGAGAAUAGUUGGCGCUUUAUGGGAGCUCUGAUCCUGAAGCAGGUCAUUGCUGAACUGAUACCCGUAGGACUGGGUCGUGUGCCGGGUGGAGAGCUUCUACUAGUUGGCUCUUCAGCCGGAGGUCUUGGUGUGAUGCUGAAUCUGGAUCGCAUAAGGGAUUUCCUGGUCAAUGAAAAGCAACUCCAGGUCACUGUCAGGGGAGUAAGUGAUUCGGGUUGGUUCUUGGACCGAGAACCCUAUACACCGGCGGCUGUGGCCUCCAGUGAGGCUGUGCGUCAAGGCUGGAAGCUGUGGCAGGGUCUGUUGCCCGAAGAGUGCACCAAAGCCCAUCCCACGGAGCAUUGGAGGUGUUACUUUGGCUACAGGCUAUAUCCUACCCUGAAAACUCCCCUUUUCGUGUUCCAAUGGCUUUUCGACGAGGCCCAGAUGCGAGCGGACAAUGUAGGAGCUCCGGUGACGCCGCAGCAAUGGAACUACAUCCACGAGAUGGGCGGCGCUCUGAGAUCUUCCCUGGACAAUGUCACAGCGGUGUUUGCACCCAGCUGCAUUGGCCAUGCGGUCUUGUCAAAACGGGAUUGGGUCAAUAUCAAGAUAGAUGACAUCUCCCUGCCCUCGGCCCUGCGCUGCUGGGAGCACUCGACGCGUCGCAAGCGACAUGACAAGCUAAAGAGAUCCACGGAGGCUUCGACUGUCGUCUCCCAGCCAUCCCAGCAUCCCAAUAACCAAAGACAUCAGCGGCACCGUCAGCGACAGCAGCAGCAGCGUCAGAAACAAAACAAUGUGGCCCAGGCGGGGACGCCCAGGAAGCACAAUCACCUGACCAAGGAGGAACGUGAGGAGAGGAAACGCCUGCGGCAGGAACAGCGCCAGCGACGGAAGCAACGCCGCCAGCAGGAGCGGCACAGGAACGCCAAUGCGGCGCAAAAGAAUAGGAAUCGAAAGAACAAUAACCCCAAGUCCAGUAAUGGUGGUGAUUCCCGAAAGCAGCGACGCCGCCAGCCCUUGACCCCGGAGCAGCGACAGGAGCAGCGCAGGCGACGCCGCAAGCAGCAGCAGCAGGAGCAGCAGCAACUUCUGCGCCGUGACCAACAUUCCCACUCUCAGAUGCAACAGGAGCAGCCAUCGCCGUCGGUUGUGGUGGUGGCCGAGGAAUCCGCACAGAAACUGCGCUCCUCCAACAACGCCUCUGCCGGCACCAAGUCCAAGAAGCGUCAGCGUGUUCCCCGAGUGCCCGAAAAGUGUGGGCUGCGACUCUUGGAGCGAUGCAGCUGGCCGCAAUGCAAUCACUCCUGUCCCACGCUCACCAACCCGAUGACCGGCGAGGAGAUGCGCUUCCUGGAGCUGCUCACCGCCUUCGGGCUGGACAUUGAGGCUGUGGCCGCCGCCCUGGGUGUGGAUAUGCACACGCUGAACAACAUGGAGCGCACGGAGCUGGUCAACCUGCUUACGCAGCAAGCAAGCUAGGCGAGAAAUACCCUGUAAAGUAGGAUAGAUGGACGAAAAGUGAGCGGGGUAUUGUAGGAGGAAAAUGUGAGCUAUUUAGGAAUUUUAGGAAAUAUUGCGUUUACAAUUUUUGUAAAUUUAAAGAUUUAAAAUCAUUUAAUCGUGGACCCAAAAGUAUGUAACGAUAAUUGCAUUGCAUACUUUGAGACACCUUUUUAAAAAUAUUUUUUUAAAAUCGGAGGUUUCGGACUUCUUUUGAAGAGUUUAAAAGUUAAAUUUUAGAAAAAGAAUACCACUCUAAAAUAGAGCUUAAAAGGUUUUAUUUAUUAUUUAAUUAUUUAAUUUAAGGAUUAUUUUUCCAAAAUUCAAUUCUGUUUAGAGUUUUUAAGGGAAAACUAAUUCCUAGAGCAAUAUUUCUUAGAAUCCUUUAUAGUUUAUAUCCCCUCCCCAUAUGACUUGUAAACUUAUUUAGGUGUCCUGCACCCCCUUGUAAAUAGGUGUCCUGUAUAUAUAGCUAAUAGGUCCUGGGGCCACCCUGUAAAUAGCACACUCCAUAUACCACCACCCCCAAAAAAACACACACACAAACGUAAGCGGAGCUAACUCCAAUUCCUAGAACACACCAAGAAAGACAUGCGCAUAGUACCCAGUAAUUAAGCAGAAUUUAUUUAUAGUCCUAUACUCGAAAUGCAACUCGUAUUCGUAUUCACAUUCGCAUUCACAUUCGCAUUCGCACUCGCCACAUAUUUAUUCAUUCGCAUUCUGAUAUCACAAUCACAGAAAUGAAAUCUGCUUAACGAGAAACUAAACACAAAUGCAACCACAAGACUGUUUUUAUGUUUUUUUUUUUUAUAAAUAUAAAUAGUUACGGAUAUGAUGUAGGCUACAUAGGGAUAUAUGCUAAAUAGAAUCGUAAAUGUGUAUGUAAUUUAUUUGAUAAUUUAUGGCCCGUUUAGGAUUGUACUUUUUUUUGUGGAGUCUAGACUGUUUCAAAUACCUUUUUUUUUGUAUUUUUUAUAUUGUUUUAUACCUACCUCAGACGAGUAAGAAUGAAAUUGAUUAACAACUGCCUUCAUAGAACACAUAUAUAUCAUUGCGUACCUGUGCAACGAAAAUCAAAUACUUAAUAAUAUUAACUAAAUACCGCCCGCAUUCCGUUGAAAAUGAAACAAAGCAACACACACAAAGCCAGAAGCGAAGUGAACAAAUCGAAUAAUCGAAUUAAUUAUAGCAAUGUUUUGUAAUGCAAUUCUAGAUAAACGACAAAUAACGCACAAAAGUAAAUAACUUAAUUUAACAAUAACUUAAACUAGCCCUAAGCCUGUACAGAACUGGUUGAAGUUUAGCCCUAAGCAUUGUUGUACUUAAACCUAUUGAUAGUUUCUAAACGUAAACAAAUUUCCAAGCUAAUUAGCUUUUGUUACUGGUUCCCAACAUUCAAAAGAUGAAAUCGAUCCACAGCAUCCGAAAAUAAACCAGCAAAAUAAUUACAUCAGA